AUCCACGGUUUACAUAUGCCAACCUGCGUGUGCAAUAGUUACAAGCUCGUUGCAGUUGUUCUUUUAAAUCCUCAGCUGCGGCGCAGCUGUGUGCAGCUUAUCCAGGGCAGAGCUUAUCAUAGCGCAAGAGCUGCUUGCAACGCUACUACAAGUAUAGAGGUAUUGAUAUCACGCAAGGUCACCGACUCGGGCACAGGCCAAAGGAACCAUGCCUCCCAAGAAGGGCGUCUCAGCCGCGGAGAAGCGCGACCGCGUGCUGGAGAUAUUCCACGAGUCAUCUGAUGUGUUCCAGGGCAAGGACAUCGAGAAGCUCGCAACGAAGAAGGGCGUCAUCUCGCAAGCAGUGAAAGAUGUGCUGCAGAGUCUCGUUGAUGACAACCUGGUGCACAUGGAGAAGAUUGGAAUCUCCAACUACUAUUGGGCCUUCCCAUCUGAAGCCUCCGUCAUGGUGGAAAACGACGUAAAGCGGCUUGAGACGGAUCUGGCGGCAACCCGCAAGCGGAGAGCCGAGGUGGAGGCGUCGCUAGAGCAACAUAAAGCAGCCAACCCAGACACGGAGUCACGUGCUCAGGCGCUGGCGGAGCUGAACAAGCUGAAGAAGCGGGCGACAGAGGUGUCAUUCAAGCUGGAGGCGUACCGGGAUAACGACCCCGAGACGGUGCAGGCCAUGCACAACAUAGCGGAGAGCUGCAAGCUGGCGGCAAACCGUUGGCUGGACAACACCUACUCGCUGUUGUCCUGGUGCAAGAAGCGGUUUGCGGGCAAUGAGGCGGAGCUGGCCAAGUUCUUUGAGGAGGUAAGGGCCAGGCCAUUGGCACCCAGGGUGCAAAACACGUGGGCGGCGAGCUGAAAGGGUGUACUACUGCCAAUGCUUUGGAGCAAC